UAAAUUGAACAAUAGAUUCACUUUCUCUGAAGACUUCAAUCUACAAAGAUGAAAUCUACAACAUUCUCUAUUUUCUAUUUCUCCAUCAAUAUCAUGCUCGGGAUGAUUAACUCCCAGUGCUGCCCGAAAAAGGUAGUCACUGGAUCAGACCUGCAACUAGUUGGAACGUACAUCCUGGUGCCUGAGGGCAAUCUCACUUUGACCUUCCCGGACGUGUGUGUGUCUAAAUGCCUGUACACCAAGAUGGAUGGGAAUGGAACAUUUUGCUUCAGUACGGGUGCUAAUGAUUUAAAAUCACAAUGUUUUACAGGUUGCACAAGUAACAGUGAUUGUAUGAACCAUGAAUCCUGCAAUGUUGAUCAGGAAGAAUGUUUUGAUCCCUGUGUAGUCAGUCCAUGCCAAAAUGAUGAAUUCUGUUUAACAACUAAUCAUCAGCAAGCUUGCCCCAAUCGUUGUGCAGAUAAUACUGAGUGUGAUCAAUACCAAAAUGAAUUGUGUACUAAAGAGGGCUAUUGUUAUGAACCCUGUAAAACCAAUCCUUGCAAUGAUGAUAUGGUCUGCAAAGUAAUCAAUUAUGAGCAACUUUGCCUCCAAAGUUGCAAGGAUCAUUCUGAUUGUAGAAACAGCGAGUGGUGUGAUUCAGACGGAGCUUGUGUUGAUCCCUGCAGUCUAGAUUAUUGUCGGUCUGAUGAUGAUUGCAGGACAAAUAAUCAUGAGCCUAGAUGUUUCUCAACAUGCAGAUUUCCCGAUGGCACUCUUUCUGAGAAGGAUAUGUGUAACCAAGAUCAGAAAUGUAGUGCUGACAAUGGUUUUUGUUAUGACCCCUGUGCAUCAAAUCCAUGUAACAUUGGAGAGAUAUGUGCAACUAAAGAUUUUGUCCAAACAUGCAGGAAGAUUUGCACAAGUCAUCUGGAUUGUGAAACAGAUGAAAUGUGUAGUCAAGAAAAAUUAUGUUUUAAACCCUGCAGUCCUCAGUUUCUUGAACUCACAUGUAAUAGUGAUCCAGCAUGCCAAACAAACAAGCAUAUACCUCUAUGUGGAAAAUAUUGCAAUGUAAGUUCAGAUUGUAUGGACUAUCAACAAUGUUUAAAUGGUGAGUGUGUUGAUAUUUGUAAUACCUACCAAGCUUGUCUAUAUGGAGAGCGCUGCACAUUAGAUAAUGAUGAGAAGAGAGAGAAGAAAUGCACUCCAUUUCAAGACUGCACAACUUCUGAUGAUUGUUCCUCUGGGGACAACUGUGAGCAAGGAGGCAAAUGCAUACCAAGUGGUGAACCUACACUAUGCUCAACCAAUGAUGAUUGUCCAGCUGAUGAAUAUUGUAAUGCUGGACUUUGUUAUUAUUACUAUGAACUAUCUAUCAAAGAUUGGCUUUAAAGCAAUUACAAAUCUAGACUUUUUUUUCCCAACCCGGGGACUUUUAUUUUCUGAAACAACAUGCCUCUACAAAGUUUUGGAAACAUCAUUGUGAACCCCAAAAUAAUGCCUGAAUUUGCAUUUCAAGUUUUUGGUACAUAAAAGGCAAUGAAUAAUGAAAAGCAUGCCAAAAAACAAGGAAUUUAGAUAAUUCUGGAUUUCUCCAACAAUAGGAUUUGAGCCUUAAUUCAUUAACAAUUUUAAAAAUCGAUUUAUUCUUAAAAUCCUCAUAGGGGAAUUUGGUUGUAUAGCUCAUUAGUUCCAUAGAGACAUGUAGUUUCAGAAAAUAAUAGUCCCCGGAUUGGGUACAAUAAAAAGUUUUGAUUUCCUUCAACCCCAAUGUGAUUGGUAUAAUUUUCUAAAAGUUUAAUCUGUAUCAAAAUUAUCUCUUUUUCUAAAUAAAUAUAAUUGGAAUUUUUA